AUGUUAUUCUUCGUUCUCUCUUUCUCUUAUGCUGCGUCUACUCAUCAAAGCGCGCUCUGUCUACAGCACUGGAAUCACUUCACUUCAUUGCGACCAGUGUUUCAAGUGGUUUGUGGGUUUUGCGGAAUUUUGGAAGGUGCAAAACAAAAGAAGGAGGAGGAGUUAAAAUUUCAAGAAGAAGAAAUGAAACGUCAGCAGGAGGAAUUACGGCAGCAGCAAGAGAUAUGGCGACAGCAACAAGAUCAAUUGCGACAGGAGCAGGAUCAACUACGGCAUAAACAGCAACUGCUUCAUGAACAGGAACAACAAAUAAUAAUGGAGCAGGAGAAGCAGCAGUCUUCAAAUAAUUAUUUUUAUAAAUAA